UUUCUUUAUGUUAUAGAAAUUUGAGUCAACAUUGUUUCCUUUAUGUUUCCCAAUAGCUAUAACUUUACGUCUCUAUGAUUCAUGGCUGAUCAACAUAACAACACAGUUAUAGAAGACCAUUCACUACAACAGUCCUAGUAGUUUCAUUAAUGGACCCAAACCAAAACAUGAUCCUACUAAAAGAAGAAGAAGAAAGAUUCUUAAGUGAUUCAGAAGAACAAGAAGAAGAACUAGAAAAAAGCCUAAAGAAACUAAACAAUUUCUUGUUCUUAUUUGGUUUUCAUCAAUCUUCAUUAUUGGGGACUAUAAUAUCUUGGUUUACAUUUGUGAUUAUUGGUGUUUCAAUACCAGUUUCAAUUUUACUACUUCCUGCUUGUUCAGGUUGUGAAAAAUAUCAAAUCAAUAAAUUUGAACUUGAUAUUUUAGCUUCUAAGUCUCUUCUUUCUGCCAUUUCUUUAUUAUGUGUUUCACAUAAUUUGAGGAAACAUGGGAUUCGGAAUUUCCUUUUUGUUGAUCGGCAUCAUGGUCAUAUGGACAAAUUCCGGAAACAAUACAUCCAGAUGAUCCAGGGAUUCUUCCGCUUGCUUGUUCUGUGGGUGUUACCUUGCUUUCUUUUGAAGACUAUACGUGAAGUUAUCCGAGUUAUAUAUGUUGGCCAUGAUUCAUGGUGGAUCUCAGUUGCUAUAAUGUUUGCUUUGCUUUCAUCAUGGACUUAUUCCACUAUAAUUUCUCUGUCGGCUAGUCUCUUGUUCUAUUUAGUCUGCAAUCUUCAAGUUAUCCACUUUGCUGAUUACAAUAAGCUUUUGGAAAGUGGUUCGGAUGUUACUGCACUUAUGGAUGAACAUCUUCGGUUAAGGUACUAUCUUUCUAAAAUAAGCCACCGAUUCCGGAUCUUUCUUCUUUUGGAAUUCCUGGUUGUGACAUCUAGUCAAGUGCUGACUCUCUUCCGAACUAUUGGGUAUCAUCAAAUCAUCACUCUCAUCAGUGGAGGGGAUUUCGCAGUCAGCUCCUUUGUUCAAGUUGUUAGCGUAGGCAUUUGCUUACAUGCAGCUGCAAAGAUGUCUCAUAGAGCACAACGAGUUGCAUCUGUUGCUAGUCAAUGGCAUGCCUUAUUAACAAGUUAUUCAUCAGAUACAUCUCGCAUGAGAGGCUCCACUAGUGUGGAAAACUUCGAAGCACUUGCUAAUCCAAUAAGACCAAUACAUGCAGUCUUCUCUGAAAGUGAUUUGGAGUCGUUGGAUAGCUUUGGACCACCAAAUUAUACACAGAUGGCUUCUCAAUUGUCUACAUACAACAAGAGACAAGCAUUUGUAAUGUAUUUGCGGUCCAAUCCGGCUGGAGUCACUAUAUAUGGAUGGACGGUAGAUCGACAACUAAUCAACACAGUUUUCCUUGGCGAGUUCUCAUUGGUACUUUUUGUUCUUGGAAGAACCUUGAGCUUCACAUCACAGCCAACUUGAAACCCUCUCAUAUAACAAAGAUGUAUCUGGCUGAGUAUGGUUGUUCCCCCAUUACAUGGAGUGGAACUUGAAGGCCUUUUUCCAGGUUGAUUCAGCUCUGGAAUUUGAGGGGCCGGUACCGGUUCCACCAAAAAUAAAGAACAGAGAGUAGAAUAAAGAAAGUGAUUACCCCGCAAUAUGCACAUCACUAAAGCAUCAUGUAGGAUUUGAACUAUGUCUGAAUCAAACUUCCGUUUAUUCUUCUGUGUUUAGAUUGAUCAUGCAUGGUUGGUUAGUGAGCGUAAUGUACUCUGUAUAUUAAAAGAUUACCUACACGGACUGAUAAUAUAGAGAAGUGUAUAUCCUUUCUGUUAAAUUUUCCUGUAAGAUACUUGUUCA